AUGAAUACAAAAUUUCUAAUCUCUGCCCUCCUGCUCGCGCCAUCCGCCGUCGCUAUUACGCCCCGCCGGCGCACUCGCGUCGAUGUCCCGAAGGCGUCAAAAGUCAAAAAAGAGCCCGCGGCAUCGACCAAAAAGCAGGUGGCGACCGAGGACGUCGGUUUCGCGCACCGUUACUUCUCGACGGCAAUAGACGACAGCCGGUUCUUCUUUCGCGCGCUCGCGGUCCGAGGCGGCGGCGAAGAAAAGCCCCUCGUGACCCCCGGUCAGGUGGCAGCCUAUGGUGGCGCCGCCCUCCUCGCCGGGAUGACGGUCUACCUUGUAGAAAAACUCCCGCGCUCGGGCGGCCGCGCGCCCGCGCAGAUUGUAAGCUUUUUAUCCGCGUUUGGCGUGCCGGAAGCGGCGGCGGCGGUGCUGUUUCAUUUGGGCUACGUAGCACACUGCUUUCUCGUUCUUGCCGUCAUGCCUGAGGGAUUAAAAAAUGCCGUCUUCAGCCCCGCCGGCGUGGUCCUGUUGGGCACGGUGUUCCCAUUGGUCGAAAGCAUCAAGGCCGCCGCGAGCACGAGUACUGCGUCGGAGCACGCCUGGCUUCAGUAUUGGAUCCUGCACGGGUGCUUGAGCGUGAUUUCGCAGGACGCCGGGCGAUUCCUAGAACGGUUCGGCCCCGGUUUUGUAAACCACUUCUACGAAUUCCAGUUCUACUCUGUACUGUGGCUGAUUCUUCCGAUGACGGAUGGCGCGGCCGUGGUGAAUGAUCAGGUGACCAAACGCUACAUCACACCGCUGAUCGAGCCAACGGUCCGAGCCGCCGAGGGCUGGCUCGCGACUCUUGUUCUGGGCGCGGUCAAUGCAGGACACAUUUGGUUCUUUGCUGGCGUUUUCACAAUGUUUCCUGCCGCACUGAAGCGCCUCGCCGUCGUUGGCGUCGGGACGGCGUAUCCAGUGGCGGCCACGAUGGUCGCCGCCUCUACGGGGGAUACUGUUGCCGAGGACAAGUGGCUGACGUACUGGUCGUGCUUCUCGAUAGUGACUCUCGUGAUGACCUUGGUCGAACGCACGGCCGGCGCGCCGCUGGGCCUCUACACCGCCUCGCUGGCGAGUACGCUCUAUCUUAUGCUUCCCAUGUUUAAUGGAGCGGACGUCAUAUUCCGCAACGUUCUCGUGCCGAUCGCGGGGCAGCGCGAGGCGCUACUCCUCAAGGACGCCAAGACUUUGGCGAAGAACAUGGUCAAGCAACUUCCGGCGUCGAGACACGGCGAGGCGGGGGAGGCGAUCGCCGAGGCCUUCUUGGUCGAGGCGAAGAUGCAAAAGUAG